AUGAGGACUGCAGCAUUCUCUUUCAUUGGAAUUCGUAAGCAUUUUUGGAAGGAAGUUUUUUAUAACAUUUAACUAUACCAAGAUUCUAUAGAAAUGACUGAAAUUGUAGGCAUCAUUUUAUAUUCAGAAAUCUAAAUCACCAAAAUACAUUCUGCCAUUGAAAUUGUCGACUGUUUUAGAAAUAACAGGAUAGGUUAGUAAAAAUAAUAAGAAUUUCAGUGGAUUCUAGUUUAAUUAUAAAGACUCAACUAAAAUAAUGAAUUGUAGAUCCUAGGAUAUAGCUAUGUAAAUUUACUUUCUAUUAUUAGUUUUAUGGAUAUGAUAAGUAAUUAAGUAACUUUUCUGAAUAUUACUAUGUUUUAUUAGGCAAUUGAAAUAAUAGGUAGAGGUAGCUCAUCGAGUGUUUCUAUUGUGAUUGAUACUUUUUCAUAGGAAUAAUUUGCUGUCAAAAGUAUCAAUAAAUAAUACCUCUUAAAAAAUGAUAAAUUAAAAGUACAAAUCAAUUUUAUAGUAGAUAUUAUUUGAAAAUGAGGUAAAGAUCUUAUAAGAAUUGACUAAAUACAAUCAUCAAAAUUAUUUUGUGCAUUUAUAUAGAGUAUUUGAAAGCAAAACAUCAUAUUACUUAAUCUUGAAUCUUAUGAAGGGCAAGUCACUCACAGCUUUCUACAAUAAAAACAAAGUAAGCAAUAAGGUUAAAUUAUUUGAAAUUAGAAACAAACAGACUCCAAGUAUUUCUCUCCAGAUAUUAUUAAAUCAAUCAUGAAGAGACUUCUUUCAGGUGUUUCCCUUCUACAUUGUCAUCAAGUAUUUAAUACAUCUAACUUAGAUAAUCCACAGAGAUCUUAAACCUGACAAUCUCUUACUUCUUGAACCAAAUAAUGUUGAAACCCUUACUAUAGCAGAUUUUGGAUUGGCAACUUAUAGUAAUGUAGAAAAGUAAUAAAACUCUUCUAUUCUAUAGAUAUUCCUAUCCAAUAUGUGGAACUUAAGGUUAUAUGGCACCAGAAAUCACUCAUUACAAAGAAGGAUAAAUAAAAUAUGAUGAAUAAAUUGAUAUCUACAGUGUUGGUAUCAUUUUUAAUUGGCUGUAUUAUUUAUUAUAAUCUUAGACUUAUUGGAGAUAUAGAUAAAAAUAAUCCUAAAUUAUAGAAAUUGGAUUCAAUCACAUUGAAUUUAUUGAAUAAUCUUUUAAAAAAAAAUCCAAAAGAAAGAUUAUCUGCAUAAGCAGCACUUCAUCAUCCUUAUUUCCAGGGUGAUGAAACUACUAAGAAGACAAUCCAAUCAGAAUAUGGAUUUGUAACUCCAUAUUUUAUUCUAGGAAAAUGUUGAUUCAGAGACUAUUGUAUAACAUGAAGAUAUCAAAAACUAUUAAUUGCCUCUCAUGAAGAAAAUUCAACGUUAAAUAUGA